AUGCUCUUCACUGACGGUUGCAAGCGGGCAGCGAAUAUCGAGAAUGCCUUUUUCUGCCAGCAGGCCUGUGCCUCCAGAGGAGACUGCACGUAUUUCAGCUUCUCCGGAGAGGGCAACGUCUGUUACCAUUGCGAGAAGAAACCGGCAACACGAAUAUUCGAUCCGUAUGCAGUCAGUGGCACGGCGACCUGUGACAGCGUUUUUUGCUCACCAACCAGCUUUCAUGCCGAAACAGACACAGCUCACUGGCAGAUGUCGCAUCCUCCACGAAACAGUGUUCACAGUAGCAGGGACUAUGUCUUUUGGUGUGCUUGUGCUUUAUGCGCUCUUCUUGCACUACCAGACAAGUGCCUGUCUCACGAUGCCAUGUUUUCCGGAGAUGAGAUUGCAACCGCCCGCUACAAUAAGGGCUUCCCAGGGGACUGCGAACGGUGGUGUACACAUCAGGUUCGUGAAUGUCGCCAGUAUUCUUGGAUUCCCAAGGAUAUCAGCGGUCAGUGCAGGUGA